AUGCAUAUUAGUAUUAAUCAUACAGAUAGUAAUGAAGCUGCUAAUAUGCUACCUAACUUGUUGGUGGCCGAAGAAGACGAAAAGAAGGAUGAUGAAGAAGACGCCAAGAAGAAGGCUGAAGAAGAUGAAGAGAAGGACGAUGAAGAAGAUGCUAAAAAGAACAGAGACAUGGAAUUACACGUAAGUAUUAUAUUUUUGCGCCUGAAAAAUGUUAGAUUACAACUGUAUAUAAUUAUAUAAUUAAUCAUUGUGUAAAAAUUUAAAACAUAAGCUACAAUAUUUUGCUUUAGGAAUUCAUGGACCAAUCGUUAACAUACGCGUGA